CCAUGACCUCAAGGCUUUGGAUGAAUAUAUCCGAAACAAUCCGAAUAUAUUUAGUCAGAGGUUGACUGCAUUACAUCUACAUAAGGUCGACGACUCGCUGUUGUUUUAAAGAAGGAAAAUAAAACAGUAAAAAAGCAACAACUUUAAAUUUCAGCAUGGAUUUUCGAGUAUUACAAUUGUUUAUUUUCAUCGGAUUAUUUAACUGCAUUUUAGCGUCUAAGGUUUAUGAGUGGCAGAAUAAUUGGGGUUCAGGCUUGUCGACUAAGGAGUUUGCCCAAAUUCACGAACUUGACAAAACUAUUACCCAUUAUGCAACUGAUGAAAGCGCCUCAGCAAAAAGUUCCCCGGCUGUCAGCCUUUAUGAUCUUAACACGAGAGAAGAUGAUUUUAAAAAGGGAAUAGUUGCUAUUAGACCACUUGUGGCAAAAGGCAGUCAAGUCUGUUUCAUUUCAGAAAUGGUAAAAUACUGGCCUGGAACCGAAAAAGCUAUAACUAACCGGCAUGGGACAACAAUAAAUGCACCGAAAUCAACAAAUUACUACAAAGUAAAGAAGCUAUUCCCGUCAAACCUUGACCCUCUUUCUAUACAAAGUAUAGCUGACUUCUGUAACGUAGAUUCAGACCAUAUAUUCUACAUGGAUCCCAUUGAAAAUGUGAAAGGUUACAAACAAAAGUUGAAGAUCCAUGGACUCUUUGGACGCUUGGUUGUUGGUAUUCCGGAUAAACAUAUAGAUACAGUAUUUGGUAAUUGAAUAAUCAAAUAAAAAAAUAUACACAUUAUACAGUAUAGAUUGACAUUUCAAACGUGAUUUUUCAUACAAAUAUUGCUUUAACAGAAUAAAUUCUAAAACGAGCUAAUGCCAAUUAAAGAUUGAUAUAUUUAAAAGGUGAAAGUGUUUCUUUCUUAUAAAUCAUCUGGAAAUUAGGUAUAUAUGAUUAUUUUUCAAUAUACUAAGAGUUCUUUAUAUAGAACAUAAUCAAAUUUCAGGAUGUACAGGCUGCUGAGAUUGAAAUCUUAUGUUGCGAAUUUUCGGAAUUUCAGGAUAAAGAUUGAAAACGAAAGAGUCUUGCGAAAGUUCUAUGUACAUAAUCAAACUUGUAUAAUUUUUAUUUUAUUUCUUUCCUAGGUGUUCUUCGUCAAAAUGCUUCGGAUUUUUUAAGACAUUUUUACCUGUAAAUGAAGGUUGCAGGCUAAAAUGUUUUAUUAAUUUUAAUGUAUUUUAUUUUCAGCAGUCAUAUAAUGAGUAUACAUAUAAAUGUCAUAUUUGUGCUAUUGCAUGUUUUACAUAUGAGUUUAAGCACACCACUGAAUAGCUUUUUCACUUAUUAUUUUUUUAUAAUGCGUAUGUUUGAUGAAGCUUAUUAUUACAUUUGGCACACUGUUUGCGCACGAAAAAUGCUAUGUUAGAAUAAUUUCAUUUCAAAUCACUGAUUUUUUAGGUUUGAUUGUAUUGUUAUUGUAUAGUUUUGAUAUUGUAUACCAGACAUCUGUUAACUUGUAUAGUUUAUUCAUAUUGCACUGUUAAGAAAUUUAUAUUGCACACAUUGCUCAGCGUAACAGUUUGAUAUUACACGGUUUAAAGACUGAUAGCACAACGCUUAUUGACUAUUCAAUAUUGAUGUUAUAAUGUUUAUUGAACGGUUAUUUCUUAGAGCUAAAAUUAUUUUCUAUAUAAUUAACUAUUAUUUACAUGUUUAAAUACCAGCGUGCCCUGCUUUUAUUGUAUUUUCUUUGAUCACCAGUUCCUUUAUUUUGCGUUACAUGUAUAUUGUAUGGUCACAUAACUGACGCCUCUUUGUUUUUGUUGAUGUACUGAAAUAAUUUAGAAAUCUGUUUGAUUUUCUUUAAUAAUAUAGUUAAUAUUAUAUACUGCUGCUGUUUUAAGCAAAACGCAUUUGAUUUUUAAGGUUUUAGUAAA